AUGUAUACUGCCGUCGAGCAUGACAGGUCCCAGCCAAUUCCUCACCAACCGCCACCUCUAUCUAUGGAUCGCAUUGCUCCCCCGGGAGGGCCUGUGUACCCGACUUCAGGGACCGUUGGGCCUCUGCGUACUACCGAACAUUUGAAGCCUGUUUCGACGAUACAUGGAGGUCGCAUAUGGUCGCUGCAUGUUGUUCAGCAGCCUAUUCGAGCACGCAUGUGUGGAUUUGGCGAUAAGGACCGACGACCGAUUACCCCGCCCCCGUGUAUCAGAUUGAUCGUCAAAGAUGCAACUACAGACAAAGAAAUCGAUAUCAACGAGAUCGAUACAUCGUUCUAUGUCCUCACCGUCGAUUUAUGGAACGCAGAAGGCACAAGUGAAGUCAACCUCGUCCGUCAUUCUGCAAACUCGCCAUCCAUCUCCACCGCGACCUCGUCUUCAUAUCCACCUCCCCAGGAGAGCAACAUCUCGCCGACAUACCCACCCUUUGGUCAACAUGGGUACCCUCAACAGUCGUUAGGAUAUCAUCAACAAGUACCAGGUUAUUAUGGCCAGAAUAACAUGUAUCAGAAUCCAUAUGCGGCUACUGCUCCGCCUCCUCAGGGUGGUCCGUACUAUGGCGGGGGUUACUAUCAAGGCGGCAUGCAGCCCAAUCUAUCCCCACAAUCUGCGGCACCGGGUGGAAUGUUUACGAGGAAUUUGAUUGGAAGUUUGAGUGCGAGUGCGUUUCGUUUGACAGAUCCUGAUAACAAGAUUGGCGUGUGGUUCAUCUUGCAAGAUUUGAGCGUCCGCACAGAAGGGACUUUCCGAUUGAAAAUGAACUUUGUCAAUGUGGGAACGUCGCAAUCUCCUGAUGCUUCAGGUGCUCCCGUGCUCAAUCACGGAUCCGCUCCUGUUCUCGCCUCGGUCUUUUCAGAGCCAUUCCAAGUCUUUUCUGCCAAGAAAUUCCCCGGCGUCAUUGAGAGCACUCCCCUGAGCAAAUGCUUCGCUUUGCAAGGCAUCAAAAUCCCCAUCCGCAAGGAUGGUGUCAAGGGUCGCGGUGGAGGCGGAGAUGGCGACGACGAGUACGACUGA